UCUCCCUCUAUCAGAGUUAACUUCUCAUCUGUUCAGCAUCAAGACCGAUCCUUCCAUACCCUUCGACAAAGAACUAGAAAAAACAUGAAGAAGGAGAUGGUGAUCAACGUGCAGAUGCACAGCGAGAAGUCCCGGAGCAAGGCCAUGCAGUUGGCUGCAUCAGCAGGCGUUGAUUCUGUUAAGGUAGAUGGGGAGAAGAACCAGUUGGUUGUUGUUGGAGAAGUCGAUCCUGUUAUCUUGACAGCCAUUUUGAGGAAGAAGAUAGGCCAUUCUGACAUAGUUAAAGUGGCGGACGUGAAGAAAGAUGAUGAAGCGAAAUCAAAAGAAACUAAGGUCGAGCCUAACUUUGCAUGGUAUCGUUACACGCCCGCUCCGCCCGUGGUAGUGUACGAGGAUCCCUGUAAUUAUUCGAACCCCAACGUUUGUUCCAUCCUGUAAACUAUGGAUCAUUGGGAUCAUCCCUUUGCUUGCUAGUUUUUAUUAUGAGGACUUCAAAUAUUUGUGUAGAAUGGUGUGUUUGCUUUUUAUUAUGACCGACAAUGGAGUAGGUUGGUGUUGCAACCACUCAACUACCUAUUUUGUUGAUCUUGCCUUGACGACGUACAAGAUGUUAGCAUGUCUCUUGAUUUUAGGAGACUGGCUCACCUGAUCAAGUUUACCCACAUCAGAAUAAACACAACCUCGUUUAAAUGGUGAUUUAAUCCAA